AUGGCAAAAUAUUUGCAAGAGAUGGCAAACAAAAGCAAAUGUGCAGUCGAUGUGUGGAAUGCGACAACAUUAUACUCGGUCGAUAACGAAGAGUUGACAUUAGUCGAAAAGUCGCUGGUGACUGAUGAUGUUUCUUCGGACAACGAGAAAAAACAAAAAUCAAUGCUGUCAGUCUGCAGUGAUUUUAUUUCUUUAGAAGAAGAGGAGAAAGAAAAUAUAUCAAAUGGCGGGCAGACCCCCGAAGAAGCGUAA